UUGACGCAUUUUCACACCAUGGCGUCGUCAAGGGCAGUUACAAGAUUGGUCGCCUAUCGACGCCCGGCCGCUCUGCCAUACUCACUCCCUUCCUCGUCAUCCGUCCACCGCUCCGCCAGCACGCCUGCCCUCACUUUUUCGACAUCAGCCGUUCAGAAUGCAACACCACACGGCCCGCCACAGCCUGGCUUCCGCAUGCCUACACCAAAGAGAUGGGAUCAAGACGAAGAUUCGACUUUAGACAAGGCCGGAAAAUACUUCUUGAUGACAGAGUUAUUUCGCGGCAUGUACGUGGUGCUAGAGCAAUUCUUUAGGCCACCGUAUACAAUCUACUACCCAUUCGAGAAAGGCCCCAUCUCUCCACGAUUCCGCGGCGAACACGCCCUACGCAGAUAUCCAUCCGGCGAAGAGAGGUGUAUCGCCUGUAAACUCUGCGAGGCCAUCUGCCCUGCACAAGCCAUCACCAUUGAAGCCGAAGAGCGUGAGGACGGAAGCCGACGGACGACACGGUAUGACAUUGAUAUGACCAAGUGCAUCUACUGUGGAUUCUGCCAGGAGAGCUGCCCCGUAGAUGCCAUCGUUGAAUCUCCUAACGCCGAAUACGCGACAGAAACCAGGGAAGAACUAUUGUACAAUAAGGAAAAAUUACUGGCCAACGGUGAUAAGUGGGAGUCAGAAAUAGCUGCAGCUGCUCGUGCGGAUGCCCCUUACAGAUAAAAUUAAAUCGAACUAUUCAAGGUCUAUCGAUCCGUUUCGAUGCUAGCAGUUUCCUUUUUCUUUUUGAUAGACAAGCUCUUUUGAUCUCGAGAAGCUACUCAAAUGAUAACCGGUGUAUGUAUAUAGUGUGGUGACUUUUAUCGGGCCGACACCUGGAGCAUUCUGGACCUGAGUCCGUAUUACAAUGCAGUUUCAUUUGUCAACAAUAAAAGUCAUUUUCCUGUCGCUUGUUAAACAAAAAAAACAAAAA